AAUUUUUAACUCGAAAAAUAGGUCCCUGUUAAUGAAAAUGAUAUAUAUGCAUCCUUUGUGUAACGACGAGAGCAUAUUUGUACUACUUUUUUAACGAGAGCCAGGUAUAUUUGCCCCUUUUCCCUUUAAUAAAUUAUGCAAAAAACUGGAUAUUUUGUUACACACUAACCAAAGAAAUGAGAUUUGUAUAAUCUAUUGAAGUAGUAUGCAUUAUAGCAGAACUGUAGGGAGGUAUAUGCAAUUAUCCCCAAAACAAAAAGAUAGAAACAGUUAAAGCCUAAAGCAAAACACACUCACAUGAGUUAAAGAGUCAAAACACUUUCAGCGAAAAAACUCAAAUAUUUCCGCCAAAAUUUGGCGGUCAUUCAAAAUUCGAAAUUCAUACCCCAAAAGAAAGACAUUGGUAAAUGCCAAUUCCAGGAUUCAAUUUCUCUCUCCCUCCAAUUUUUCCUCCUCUUCUGCUCUCUUCCUCUCUGCUUGUAUCCCCGUUGACCAUUACUGCCAAAACCAAUACACAACUAAAUAUCAAUUUCAGGUAUUUCUUCCUAACCCUAAUUUUACUCUUCAUUUUUCAAGUAUACACCCCCUUAUCUUUUUUAUCCAACUUCAUUUUUUUUCAUGUUCUUGAAUUUCCUUUAUAUAAGUAGCUGGUAAAAUAAUAGUUAUGGUGAGAGAACAAAGCAUUGAAUCAUUUUACACUCGUUUAAGGGACUCAGCUCUAUCUUCAUCAUCCACGUCACCAUUGCUAGUUUUCCCAUCAACUUCUGAUGUCGAUUCGCUUUGUGCUCUUAAAAUAAUAGGACACGUUCUUGAAUCUGAUUCUGUUAGAUAUGCUUGUUACCCUGUAUCGAGUUUUAAAGAGAUUUAUAAGUAUACUGGUGAUAAUUUAGGUCCAAAUGCAGAGGAACCAAUUACAAUUUUGUUGAUUAAUUGGGGUUGUCAAAGGGAUUUAAAGAAAGUUCUUGAAAUUGGUCCGUUAGCUCGUGUUUUCGUAGUGGAUAGUCAUAGACCUAUACAUUUGCAUAAUUUGAGUGAAUCCAAUGAUAGGGUUGUUGUGUUGUAUACUAAGGAUGAUGAGGAACAAGCUGAUUUAGCGUACGAUUUCGAUGUUUCUGCGUUGGCGAAUGCUAGUGAUUUGAAUAGUGAUGAUGAGUUUGAAGACGAAUCGGAUAGUGAGGAUGAAAAUGAGAGUGAUAGUGAAGAGGAGGAAGAUGGAGGUGGGACGAGGAGGAAGAAGAGGAGGGUGGAAAAUGUGAGUGACCUGGUUAAGGUUUUCGGGAAAUUGAAGAGGGAAUACUAUUAUAUGGGUACGUUCCAUGGGAAGCCAUCGGGUUGCUUGAUGUAUGAGUUGUCACAUUUCUUGAGAAAGAAUACUAACGCGUUGCUUUGGUUGGCGUGUGUAGCUUUAACUGAUCAGUUUGUUCAUGAGCGGUUAACUGAUGAGCGGUAUCAGGCUGGUGUAAUGGAGCUAGAACAGCAUAUUAACAGCUCGGGUAAUUUAGAUUCUAUUACCUCGGUUACUCUUAAGGAUGGAACAAAGGUGACAGCACCGAAUUCUUCAAGGAUUGCGUAUGAGUAUGAACCCAGGCUUAUGUUGUUACAAGAAUGGAACUUGUUUGAUUCGAUGCUGUGUUCAUCCUACAUUGCGACUAAAUUGAAGACGUGGAGUGAUAAUGGGAUUAAGAAGAUGCAGCUUCUUUUAGCUCGAAUGGGUUUUGCACGUGAGGAAUGCAAACAAAAGUUUCAGUACAUGAGUAUUGAGAUCAAGAGGAGAAUGAAGGACAUGUUUGAACAAUAUUUACCGGAAUUUGGGCUUACUGAUUUCUAUUAUAGAGGUUUCUUGCUUCUUCAUGGGUACAGUUCGAAAGUUUCAGCAGCAGAUGUAGUGUAUGGGGUUACUGCACUUCUAGAAGCAUCUGUAGAGUCAGAUGGCUCGUGUGCUUCCAGACAGUUUGGGGAGGCUUAUGACUCGUUAUCCUUGACCAAGCUUGACAAGUUGGAAACUGGAAUGCGACAAGCAAUAAAGGUUCAAAGGGCAAUUCUUAGACAAGGCAGUGCAGCGAUAACCAAGAAAGGUUCUAUAAGAAGUGGGAGUAAAUUUAGGUGGGUGAAGCUUGAAGACUCGGCAGAUGCAAAGCUCCUGUGUCAUCCUCAGGCUUUAACUAAAUUUGGUUACUUUCUGAUGGAUGCUUUACGUGAGAAAGGAGCAAGGAUGAAACCAUUGAUCUGUGUUUGCUACACUGAGGAACGAACCAAAGUGUUGAUUGUAGCAAUAUGUGGGAAGCCAAGGCUUGGUGCAGUCCAAGGAAAUGCAUUUGGGCUUGCGUUCAGAAGUUCAGCUGAAGAAACAGGAGCUGAGUUCUUUCAUGAACUAUUUGAAUCGUCGUGGAUAGUUUUGGAUGCAGCUGCUGUCAAUUCGUUCAUGAUCAGGCUAACAGAGAAACUUUUGUAAUGAGGUUUAUUCAAACAAGCUUUCUUUUUACCAUUUAACUGUAAUUCUGGUCUUCAGGCGUUUGUUGUUUACUGUGAGCAAGCUCCCUCACAUUGUACUCAUCUAAAAUAAUUCAUUAGUUAUCAACUUAAUUCACAUAUGUAACCAA